AUGGCAUCUCACCCCGUCCACCUGUCGUCGCCGCUUGCCAUACAGACUCCCCAGAUCAAGCAAGGCGCAAACCAAUCCUCACCUUCGCAGGCCUCACCCCAGCGACAAACUCCAGCUUCUGGCCAAAAGACAACUGUCGUCAAGGCCUUGCCUACCGUCAGAGACCACACCACGGACCAGCUCGGCGCCGAGGGCGAUGAAUACAUCCCGCGCGAGAUCGACGAAGCCGGCGAGAAAAAGGUGUCAAGCAAUGGUUACCCGCUCGAAGGUCGCGAGUAUCGCAUCAGAACCUUUACCGUGCCUAACAGGGGCGAAAAGCUAUUUAUGCUCGCCACCGAAUGCGCGCGCGCAUUAGGAUACCGCGACUCGUACCUGCUCUUCAACAAGAACCGAUCGCUGUACAAGAUCAUUGCCAACCAACCCGAGAAGGACAACCUCAUCCACCAGGAGAUUCUACCCUAUUCGUACCGCUCCAGGCAAAUAGCAAUUGUAACGGCAAGAUCGAUGUUCCGCCAAUUCGGGAGCCGCGUUGUUACGAAUGGAAGACGAGUCCGCGACGAUUACUGGGAAUCCAAGGCAAGAAGCCAGGGUUUCACCGAAGAAGAUGCAGCUGGAGAAAAGCGACCUGGUGCUGCCAAGCAGAGAGAAGCUGCAGCCGCCGAGGCCAGCACCAACACGACCGCCUUGACUGCCAUGCCUCACACGGACAUCAUAUAUACUAAUGGUCCCGGCCUUGACCAACCCACCGUCCCUGCAGGCAUUCACCCUGUGACGCUUGCACCCCUCAGCAUGAUUAACAUGCCAUCCGAUGAUCCCAGAGUCGCCGACUUCCGUGGCAUCGCACGUCCUAGACAGGAACUCACCGGACCUGCCUAUCAAGAUCGCACUCAAUCCAGCAACCCUCAGGACGUCUUCAACCAGGCAAACCAAGCGGCUGAGUUUAACAAAUCCUUGACUCAACAGCGUGUCGUGCGCAAUCAAUACUACGAGGAUUACUGGAAGCGUCCCCACGAGCCCCCAACCCCUCCACCUCAGCCGCAUAUGCCCGACACCACCGACAUGGGCACUGUCGCUCCUCACAACCUACAGUCGCCCCAAAGCCGCUUGCCAUCUCUUUCGCAGCCCUCCAUGAUGGCACACCAACAGGCCGCCGCUCACAUGAUGCCUUCUCAGUUCCACCAGCCCAACCAACAGAAUCCCAUGCAGUCACCCGUCCGCUCCAUGCACCAGCAGCUUCCAUCGUCGCAGAUGCACCAGACAUCGCCCGCCAUGGCCAUGGCUUCUAUGCGCCAGCAGACUCCCUCAUACGGCUACCAGCAGGGCCAGAUGUGGCCGCCUUCGCAGCCUCAACCUUCUCCCUUGUCUCAGGCCCACAACAUGGCCCAGUUCCAGCAACCAACUCAACAAGCUUCCAUGCAUCCUCCUCAGAUGGCUGCUAUGGGUGGGUACCCUUCCAUGAACCACCCGAUGAGCGCCGCUGGUGCCUUUGCUGGCAUGAACCGUAACAUGUAUCAAGCUAGCCCGAGCCCACAGCACUUUGCCAUGCAGCAGCAACAGCAGCAACAGCAGCAAACACCCGGUCCACCUCAGCAACAGAUGCAUGGAUGGGCGCCUCCAUCUACCAACCCGGCUGCCGGCAUGACUCCCCAAGAUUGGCAACGCUACCAAUAA